UUCACUCGUUGGCAUGGAUUUUGGCUAAUAAACAACACUUUGGAGGAUGAUUUUGCAACGCAUUUGAACGUUAGUUACUUCAAAUUAGCAUUGUUUUGUUUAUUUGUUUAGCUAAUCCAUCAUCAAUAUUUAAACAAUUUAGAUUGCGAAAACGUGCAAACUGGAAUAUUUUUCCUGUUCUGAACUGAAGUCUCUGGUGCCAGCUAGCUAGCUAGUUUAGCACAACUGCCUGGCCUUUGUUUUUCAUGGGUGUUUUUCAGCCAGUGCCGUUGACCAGCUAACUAAUAUUUUCGCCUUUCAACAUCCCUGAAUUUUAUAAAGAUGAAGAGAAAAGUGGCUCGAUUACGGUUAAGUCCAAAUGAAGAAGCUCAACUCAUUCGAGAGGAACACGAAAGGAGAAGGAAGCUGCGAAUACAACAGGUGCGGGAACAGGAGCGGUAUAUCGCCCUGCAAAUCCGCACGGAGGUGCAGCAGCGAAGGGAGCGCGAGCUGCAGAACCUGGCAGAGGAGUUGAAGGAGGAGUGGGAGCGACAGCAGAGGGAGAAACUGGACACCCUGCGAAAGUUAUACCAGGACAAUCUCCGAGUUUUGGGAGAGGGACAUAGAAGUGCCAAAGAAAAUGAGCCUGACUGGGAGGCAAUUGCACUGAAAAAUGAGGAGAAUCAUGUUCGGGCAGAUGAGCGCUAUCGAGAAGCCCUCAAAGAGCUCAAAUCACAGAGACAGAAAGAUCAGGAGGAACAAAAUCGUUUUAUAGAGGCUAGGAAGAAGGCCAUACAGGUGGAGAAGGAGAGGGCAUCAAAAGUGGCCAACCUCCCGUCCCUUCCACCCAACCCAAUUGAGAAUAUUGAGUCAAGGAAGCUGCAUGCAGUGAAGAAAUCGGACGUGGAUGCCUUCUCUGUGACCCACUAUCACAUGCCAGAGACUGCAGUGGACAGGGAAGUCGACACAGCACAGCCAAACGCACAGGAGGUGGCAGUGGAGGAGACGCUGCGCCUGCAGGAGCUAGGGCAGGAGGAGCAGAGGGAGAGACGGGAGCAGCUGGAGAAGGCUCGUCUCAGGGGCAACCACGCGCUGAGGAGGGAACAGCUCACACAGGACCGAGAGCGCCUCCUGGUGGAGCUGGAACACAUGCAUCAGACAGACCUUUUGAGGCGCAGGCAGGUGAUGGCUCAGAUGCCUGCCCAGAUCUUCCAGCCGCUCCACAAGAGACAGGAGAUGAGGGAGGACUGGCAGAGGGACAUGGAGUUUGCCUUCGAAGACAUGUACACUGGAGAGAGGAGAGUGAAAGGUGACCUGGUGCUGCAGCUGGUCCCAGAGCCUCUCCCAGCCGUGUCCACUGGCAGCCAGGAUGAAGACCUAGACCUGACCCUUGAGGAGGCAACUCCUGAACUUACACCCUUGGCUGGGGCAGAGGAACAACCGGAUGAAGAACCAUCCAGGCCUCUAGGUGGCGCUCCCAGACAGGCCUUGAAGAAACUAUUGACCCGCAUCAGGUCACAGAGAGACCAUUGGAGCUACCGGAGGCUGGUUGAUCCCCCGUCUGACCGCCAAACUACUCCGACAGCAGAGUGCAACACGACUGCAGGCGGUACGACCAUUGAGACAGGCUCUCUGGCCAGUGAGGAGAGGGGCCGACCUUUGACCACUAGUCCCAGACUCCCUGACCCCUCUCAGCCAGCCCAAGCUAUAGAGACAACAGAGGAGUCCAUAGUGGCUGGUACCCUGCUCCAUCCUGAUAAACAAGCCAUGAAGAUCCACACAUUCGAAACCGAGAGGAGGAGAAGGGAGGAGGAGCUGGAGAGACAAAAGCAGGAGCAGAUAGUCCUGCUACAGGAGUUAGAGGAGAAGAAGAGCAGGCUGGAGCUGCUGCUGCAGGAGGCCCAACAAGAGAGAGAGCAGCUGCAGACGGCCAAGACCCAGGACACCGCCGCUGCAUCUGGAACACAGAAAACACCAGCACAGGACGUCAGCCCUGCUGCUCCAACUCCCGAGUCUACUGUACCCUCAGCUGCUGAGGAUGACCACUCCAGGAGAAUCAAAGACUAUCAGCAGCAUCUCUUUGACAAGAACAGGCUUCAUAAGCAGUCAGUUGAGGAGGCUCGCAGGCGUCUGGAAGAGUACCAACGCACGCUAAGAAACCGCUACUCUGGUGUAACUACGUCAACACGUCUCCCUCCUGGUACCACAGCCCGUCCGCUACCACACUUUAGAGAAAUCAUUUCCCCGACAGUGCCCCUGGAACUCCCCUAUGGCUCUGCCCUGCUCCCCUGUCUCCCUGUAGCACCUAGUACCCACUCUAGAGCUCACACCCCUCUGGACCUCCCCACACGGGAGCCCUCCAUCUUGGCUCAAACUCUCUUCCGUCUUGGCACAGCAGUCGGCUCGCAUAUUAACUCCAGGACCUCACCAGUGCAGCUAGAACCCACAGCUGAAAGCCUAAGGGACCAAAGAGCAGGUGUUUGGCUGGCAGACAAUGUGUUUAGUAGGGUCACAGAGGACCUCCCUGGGAGGCUACCUCCCCCCUCUACCUCGUUGGACCCCCAGUCCUACAGACCACAUCCUGUUUCCCCCCACCCUACUCCACACAUCCCACUCCCAUCAAGAACUGACCCCAUCCCAGCCAUCAGCCCAAUCCUUUCAGAAGAGUCAGCUACUCUCCCUGUGGAGGCCCCGGUGAAUCCUGGGCCUGUCCUGCGGGCCCCGGCCAGGUUUGGGGGGGAGGUGGAGAGGCAGGAGCUACGGGAGGCCCAGCGGAGGGUGGAGGCCCAGAGGGAGGUGAUCUUUAUGCAGCAGAGGGAGCUGGAGGAGGAACAGAGGGAGCGGAGGAGGAGACAGAGGGAGGCGUUACAGCCACUGCUCACUGCUGAUGACACACAGCCUGGUCCAGAGACCGCUGAUGGUUUGGGGUCAGAGGUCCUGGGGUCAGAGCGUCUCCGUCUGAUGGCAGCUCUGCUCAGGGCCAUCGAGGAGUCCAAUGGGCAAGCCUCACCAUCUGUCGAAGCCAAUCAGAGCCAAGACGACAAACUCGGCGUCCAGAGUUCACACCCAGACAGACCCGCCCCUCACCCACUCCCCCACCACCACCCCCGGGCAGCCAAACCCCCGGUGGCCCACGCCAGGCUGGCCGUCAUGGAGAUGAUGACAGAGCAGCACGAGCUCAGUGCCAUCCAGGAGGUGGAGACGCCAGCCAAUGCCAGCCUGAUCACAGAGAGUGUGACGCUGUUUCGUAUUGAAAGGGCAGUCCCAGAAGACCAGGACCGCUCGGCCCACUCUGAGAGAGGUCACUCCGGCACCUCUGUGUCCAGUGCAUGGGAACACACAGCUGGGACAGGGACUGGGAGUGAGACAGUAAUCGGGUCUGGUAGAUCCAGCAAGCUGUCCUGGAGAGAGAGACUACGGCUGGAGGCUGGUGCCUCUCCUGAACCUGAUCCCACCCCAGCGCUCCCAGAACAGUCUUAUCACUCCUGUGAGUUUGGGAGAAGUGUCCCUGGCAAAUCUCCUACAGAGUUGGAGAGCGUAUCCUUACAGUCAGCCCAUAGACCCUCAGAACCUGACUACCUGUCCUCCACCACCAUCUCCUCUGGCAGCUACGCCACCACUGACCCUGAACACACGUCCACCCAAAUAGACUCUUCCCUGCUCUUGGCUGGGUUUGGAAUAGGAGGAGGAGGAGGGGAAAAUAAAAAGUCAUUGACCAAUGGCUCCUUUUCGUCCAGACACAGUUCCUGUAGGGAAGUAUCUGGUCCUGGGCCUCCCAGCUUAGACUCACUCCUACACAGCAGCAGUAUCCAGCGCAUUAUAGACAAAUACACCAGGGAGCUCAACCUUUCUUUCAGUACUGCUGGGAACCAGACGGGUCCCCCUUCGGUGAUAGAGGGGUCCGUGUGUGAGGAGCCCAGCUCCUCUGUGUCUCAGCAGAAGCGGCAGCAGAAGCCCUGGUCUAAGCUACUGCAGGAGAAUGAGGGACCAGACGGGUCACCUGUGUGGGGAGCCGACCCACACUCUCUCCUCUCGGACACAGAGUCAGGAGCUCAGAGGCACAACCAGGAAUGGGACAACUCUGUCAACCGGAUCAUGGAUCACCUCUCAGACAAGUCCUCCUCAUUGGUUCUGGACAAGGGGCGGGACUCCACUAUCAGCCCAAUGAUUGGCCAGCCCUCGGAUAAGUCAUCCUCACCGGGCCAAGGGUGGGACUCUACUUUGAGCCGAAUGAUUGGCCAGCUCUCAGGUCAAUCAACCUCACUGGACCAAGGGUGGGAUUCGACUUUGAGCAGAAUGAUUGGCGGGCUCUCCAAUCAGUCAACCUCGGUCAGCCAGCUGAUUGGUCAAAUGCGACUGGACCAGUCAUCCCAGUGGUUGGAUGAAGGCCAGGAUGAGAGCCAGAUGAUGAGGCCUCUGGUUAGAGAGCUGGAUGAGUCUGCUGCCCAAUGGAGUGGGAGCUCAGGAGCUGAUGGUUCUAACUCCCUAGGCUGGGUGGAUCUGAGGGUCUCGGGCCAGACAGGAGUGUCGUCUGACCCAGAGGGAGUCCCUGAAGCCCAGUCACUGAGCAGCUCCUCUCUCCCUGGGCUGGAGCCUCAGCCACAUCCACACUACCAGAUCCUGCAGCACUCUGGGGACAGCUCCCAGGAAGCAGACAGGACUGGGGUGGAUCUAGCCUCCGACUCCUUCCACCCCCUCCUGGCUGAGGUCACUAAUAACGAGAAGGCUGAGCCCUCUAUUAUGACCUUUCACCUCCCAGAGGAGGAAGUGGAGGGGCCAUGGAGCUCAGGAGCUGAUGGUUCUAACUCCCUAGGCUGGGUGGAUCUGAGUGGCUCAGGCCAGACAGGAGUGUCGUCUGUCCCGGAGGGAGCCCCUGAAGCCCAGUCACUGAGCAGCUCCUCUCUCCCUGGGCUGGCGCCUCAGCCACAUCCACACUACCAGAUCCUGCAGCACUCUGGGGCCAGCUCCCAGGAAGCAGACAGGACUGGGGUGGAUCCAGCCUCCGACUCCUUCCACCCCCUCCUGGCUGAGGUCACGCACAACGAGACAGCCGAACCCUCCAUGACCUUUCACCUUCCAGAAGAGGAAGUGAAGGGGCCAUGUUCCCACGACGAAGAAAGUGACCAUGAAGCACCUGCAGGGGACCUUGAGUUCUCUGCAUGCUCAGAGGAGUUUGAGGAUGACACAGACCCCUCCGUCACCUCUGAACCCUCUCCUGAGCGCCUGAGAGGAGGGGAGGAACCACCUCAGUCCUCGCCUGCCGUGCAGGACUCCUUGAACCAGCUGACCACGUCCCAGUGCCUCCCCCAUGACUCUGCCCUGGAGGUAUCCCCUGGAGCAGAGGAGGUGGGUCUAGCAGCAUGUGCCCUCUCAGACCUCUCUCUCUGUGAAGAUGUGCCCACUUUGGACAUGCCACUUGAAGGAGGGGACACUGAUAUGGAGAGUACACCAGCACCUCAUAGAGUUGACCAAGGAGGUGCUAUUACCAUUGAGGACCUGGGUGCAGGAGAGCCGGAUGCCCAGCUAUGUUCAGAGUCAAAGAUCAGCCCUCCCACCUGGGAGAGAAUAAUGGUGGGCAGUGUGAAGGGCAUAAUGGACGAGUCCAUGCUGACCCUGGUGAGCCUGACAGACACCACACUACAGGACCAGGAACUCACUGAGGAAGAGGAAGGAGAGACUGAGGUAUCAGACCAAGAAGACGCUGAGAAAGAAGGCAUUGUGGAAAAGGAAUCAGAGUCGACAGUGUUGCCAGAGGACACCAGCCUACAGGAGGAAGAGACAACCCCCUCUCAUGCAGUGAUGCUGCUGGAGUUCCAGUCGUGUCCCAGCGUGAAUCUACAGGAGGCCUUCCAGCAGAAACGCAGAGCCCUGAUCCAGAGGUCUGCCCGCAGGGUGGAGGAGAUUCAAGCCAAGAGGGCUGAAGCCAGAGCCAAAGCAAACACCAGGGCCCAGUCUGACACCACUGAGACCAGGGCCAACACAACCACCAGGGCCCAGUCUGACCCAACCACUGUUCAGUCAUCCACUACUAAACCCAGGAGAGAGGGGAGGAGUGCAGAGUCAACCCAUGCACGAGGGGAUGCCAAGCAGAAAAAGCAACAGCCAAAGUCCCAAACUCCCUUGCAGCCUCCCAUGCUAGCCAAGCUGAAGAAGGUUGGGGAGGUGAGGAUCAGCACUCCUGAGAUGAGGAAACAGGACGUGACUGAGAUGCACCAGAGAACAGAGAGGUUGUACAGCCGACUAGAUGAGGUGAAGCUUCAGAAGGAGGUCAGGAGCAGACAGGAGGCAUAUGCCAAAAACAGGGAGAAGGCCAAAGAGUUUCACAAGAAAACCUUACAGAAGCUACGGGCCAAGCAGUCUUACAAUUGAUCUUCAAUAUCAUUGCUAUCUGUUGUCGUGUGUUUGCACGUAUUUUGUACUUGUAUUUUUGUACAGUUUGUAAUCAGUAAUUUAAAAGAUCAUAUUUGUAAUAAAGUGUACACUACCGUUCAUAAGUUUGGGGUCACUUAGAAAUGUCCUUGUUUUUGAAAGAAAAGCAA